AUGGAACAUUUAGAUCGAGGUAACAAAGUAGGGUCAGUAUCUGGAAACUUAACUGGAAAUGCCGACCAACCAGAUGUCGAUAAGGACAUCGAGGUCUACAGUGUCGAUGGAGAGAAGGGGGACGAGGAGGAGGUGAAUGUGCAGCCAGGCGUGGUCGAACCCGGAGCGACUUCAGAGGAUAAGUUGGAUACAUUAUCGACGAUAGACGCGGCCUCGAACCUCCUGUUUUAUGACUUUCUCGCCAACACAACUUUGCAUGGGAUCAAAUAUGUUUACCAAAAGGAAUACAGCUAUAUUAGAAGAUUAUCUUGGGUAUGCGUCAUGUUGGCAUCAUACAUCGCCUUGUUACUGACUGCAAAAGAACACAUAACAACCUACACUACAAGGAUGACGAAGCAAGAGUUGUCAACAACACGGCGAUCUUCUAUUUGCUUUCCCGCCAUCACCAUUUGCAACUCGAAUCCCAUCAAAUCGAUCGCCGAAAACUCUACCCAUAACGGCGCCGCCGACGUCAUCGUAAGCGCAUUCAGUGGGUCCAUUGACGCGUUUGGGUUAAACGAAACCGACGCCGCUUUAGAAACGGGGUUGGAUGAGAUUUUGCUGGCCUACGCGCACAGAGCAACGGACAUGAUUUUAGAAUGUCAAUGGAAAAAUGGGGUCAAGGCGUGUGGAGCAGCGAAUUUCACCACCAAGAUGACCGAUGCUGGGGUGUGCUACACGUUCAACGAUGGCGAUUUCGAAGUCGACGACGACAACAAAAGUGAUGCGUGUCUUGAUGUAAACAGGAGUGGAUCGAGACAAAGUCUAUUGGUCCGUCUUAACGCUGAAGUAGAUGAAUAUGUAUCGGACUUUUCAACAGAUGGAUUUGGAUUCAAGCUCCUUGUACAUCGCCGAGGUGAUGUACCCAUUGUGAGUGAUGUCGGAGUCGCAAUUAGUCCAGGUUUUAGAACAACCAUCGCCAUUCAGAAGCAAACGAGGCGGAACCUGGGUCACCCAUUCGACACCGAUUGCCGGGACACGCCCUUGGAUUAUUACCCCUUUUACUCUGAGUGGGCGUGUCUUACUGAAUACGACAUGAAGGAGCUCAGUCAAGUAUGUGGAUGCAGACUUCCUCAUAUGCCAGGACCUGCCCCUGUGUGCACGGUCAGGCAAUACGUGGGGUGUGUGCUACCUAACUUCGAAUUUGAGACAACCAACGGAACCGCUGCUCAUUGUCAGAGGGCCUGCUACAUCGAGGAUUUCCAGAUGACCAUGAGCUACCUGAGAGCACCUGGGAAGGUUGAAUCACAAAAGCUGCAAGAGCAAUUCAACUGGACCGAGAAUGAUGUAAUGAGAAAUAUCGCAGAGCUAGAAAUAUAUUUUGUUGACAUGAACGAGCAUCGUACCAAGAGCGUGGCUGCCUACAGUCUCGCCGAUUUAUGGGGUGAUCUUGGAGGGAUAAUCGGUGUCCAUAUGGGAGCCAGUCUCCUCACCCUAUUCGAGUUCCUAGAUUACACCUUCGUCGAGCAGAUUCACACGGUUCUAUACAUUCGCUUCUUCUGGGGAAAACUCAAAUCAUUCUUUAGCCGGGCUCAGACUGGGAAAGAGGCAUCCACUUAAAUACUGAUUCAAUAGCCGGCGAACGAUGUUCGCUGACUUUCUGAGAUUAAACCUAUCCUUUGUUUUGAAAAUCGAGUCAAUUCAAUUCAAAACGGUUUAUUAUUCAAUCACUUUUUUUAAGUUUUCGGCAAAAGCCGACUUGCUAAAUGUUUUGUUUCAACAAUAAUUAGCAAUAACAAGGGCGAAAUAUAUAGUAUUACAAACAUAUACAUUGCAGUCAGUCCAGGGGCGGAUCCAGGUUUUGGGGAAGGGGGGGGGGGGCACAUUUUGACGAGGGAAAUUUUGACAAGCAAAAAAAAGGGGGAGGUUUAACAAAAAAAGGAGGUAUUUCGUCCACGAAAAAAUUUGACAAGCAAAAAUAAAAGGUCUUCAUUAAAAAACGGGGGCACACUUCUGUUUUAACGGCAUUUUUACAUUACAAAUUUUAUUGUGCCUCUCAAAAGGGGGCACGUUCCGGCUGUGCCCCCCCCCCCCUGGAUCCGCCAGUCAGUCAUACCUAUAGCUAUAAGAAAUUACGUGUGUUGGUUUAAAGAUAAAAAGACAAAAGAGACAAAGAGAAGGCCUACAUCUUUGCGAAAUAAUGAAUCAACGUAUUUAUCUCGCAAAAAUGUAUAUACCCUUUGUCUCUUUAUAAUUAUAACUGUGUUGUGUAUGUGUUAUUAAUUUUGUAGAUCAUGAUCUGAUCUGGACAUUUCUUGUUAAAAAAUAUCCAUUAGAGUAUGUGUCACAUCCAGGGUGGAGCUAUACAAGGUGCCGGGGGCAAUCGUCCCGGCCUAAGAUUUUUUUUAAGUAUAUAUAAAAAAAUGAGGGGGGGGGAAGAAAAAGUUAGAAAGUAGGAUAAAUGGUCUUUGAC